AUGGUGAAGUCAUACAAGUUAAACGGAACUGGUGCGAAGACCAAAGUUUCAACUAUAGAAUGUAAAGAUGAUAGAACUGAAUCGAAAGUCGAAAGAGAAGAAAAGGGACCAGAUGAAGAACGGAAGGAAACAGGCAUGGCGUUGAAUCUGGUUGAAAAGAUAGUGUUAUUUCUCACUGCAUCCUGUAGUUAUUUUAUAGUGAUCGGAGUAGCUUUCUCCAUGACAACAUUCCUGCCAUAUUGGUUGGACGAAUUUAAAUCAUCGCGAGCCCAGACGGCCAUGAUUCAGUCAGUUCUGGUCGGCAUUCACGAGGGAUUAAAUACGCUGACUGGAAUAAUAAUAGUAAAAGUUGGGGCCAGGAUCACUAUACUAAGUGGUGCUUUAUUAUCUACUAUUGGCUUUAUUGGGGCAUACUUCGCUCCCAGCACUCCUGUUUUACUGGUGACACUAGGCAUUAUUGGAGGGACUGGAUGUAGUUGUAUUUAUUUAGUCUCGCUUGUCACGGUUUCAUCAUCAUUCGGUAAAUCAUCAUCGCUGGCCAUUUGUCUGUUCUUCUCUUUCGCUAGUGUUGGUGUGAGCGUAUUUCCUUACCUGAACGAGUUCCUCAUCUCGAAAUACUCCUGGCGUGGGACGAUGCUAAUUUAUGGCGGGAUUUUCUUUCAGACGUUCGCCUUUGGAUAUCUGAUGACGUCACUGAGUCGACGCGGGACAAAACCAGCAUGUAAAGACCCAGACGCAAAACAUUGGAGCACCGUUCAAAAGUUGAAACACAUCUUCCAGUUAGGUUUCAUUCUGACCGCCAUUUCGACGUGCAUUGCGUUAUUUGCUGGGAAUGGUUUUCUUGUGAUUUUGUCAGAUGUUGUGAAAGAUAUUACUGACGACAAUGGAGCGUUAUUCUUGUUAGAAAUUAGUUUAACAGUGUCGGUGUCCACAGCAUGUUUUGGAUUUUUGAAUAAGAUUCCGUUUUUUAAAAGUUAUGUGUUAUUUUCCACUGCCGUGCUGGUCUUGGGAACUGGUUUAAUUUUAUUGUCAUUAUUUAAAGUAUAUUAUCAAACGGUGAUAUUGGUGGUGUUUUUCGCAAUUGGUCUUGGAGGGACGGUCGUCAUGAACAAUGUUGCAGUUUUAGAUCUUGUCGACCCUGAAACUUUCCCCAUUGCUGUUGGAAUCAUUAAUACAGCUAAGGGAAUAUGCACUGGUAUCGCUGGUAUAAUAUACGGCUUACUGUAUGAUAUCACGCUGUCCUAUAGUUUACCUCUUAGACUAAUCGGCUCUAUAGCUUGUGUUGCCUCUUCUUUACCAAUCCUUGGACGUGUUAUCACCACAAAAUGUUUAAAAUCGGACAAAAAAUCGGAUCCAGAAAUACGGACAACAACUGAGAAAAUUUUAGAAUAGAUAAAAGUUCAGGCUCAAAGCAAAGAAAAAGCCAAAAAGAAAGAUUCGCUGAUUUUACAAGUAUAACAAUUUAGGUUUACUAUUAUACUUCUAACAUCUGUUUUGUUUUACUAGAACAUCUCUGGUCUCAAGGAUCCUGUCUACUAUUAUAGCUCGACCUUGGUCACACUUCUUGGCAAUAACUUUAUUAGAUACUAUCCUUUCUACCAGCUAAUCCGAGUUAAGAGUGUCUGGAGUAUGCGUGAAUUAAGUUUGAAUGAGUUGAAUAAAAUGUUUGUGUGAAAUAUGUGCUAAAA